AUGACCGCUGCACUCCGUGAGGCUAGGGAAAAACAACCAACCCCUGUUAUGCGUGACGAUUUCAAGGUUAUGGAUGAGUUUCACAGGUUUAAGCCUACCCCGUUUAAUGGUUCACCAAAUCCCUUGGAUGCGGAACACUGGCUACUAGAGAUGGAGAAAAGAAUUGACUUUCGCGUGGUCGAGGACCAUCUUAGGGUAAAAAUAGCUGGGUAUUACCUUCAGGAUGCUGCUGGUCAUUGGUGGACAGUGACCAAAACUAGGAGAAAUGUGGAAGGUCUUACCUGGGACGAGUUCGAAAAGAUCUUCCUUGAAAGGUAUUUUCAUGUAGCUAUAAAGAAUUCCAAAAUUAAUGAGUUCAUGGAAUUAGAUAUGGAAAGAAGUGGCAUGUCCGUACUUGAGUAUGAUGAAAAGUUUGAGGAACUGUCUCGACACGCCCCAGACAUGGUAAAGACGGAACCUAUGCGAGCAUUGAAAUAUUUGAAAGGACUAAGCCCAAAAAUGUGUUCCACUUUAGCACCACAUUUACUCACUGAACGUACUGCAAUUUUCGAGAGGGUGCUGGUUGUAGAAGCAGAGAAAAAGAAUUUCCAGGAAAGAAUGGAGCGGAAGAGGAAUUAUAUUAGCGAGAAAAAUGAUCAUGCAAAAAGUUCAAGGCAAGGAUUUCCACCGAAGGAUGAUGCAAGAGAUAACCGCCGCGAAUUUUACAAUACUAAACAGUGUUAUGAGUGUGGUGAUUUCGGUCACAUAAAAAGAUUUUGUCCUCGUUUGGUAAAUCAAGGAUGUCAGAAGGUUCAAAGGACAACACAACCCAACCAACAAGAAGGAAAUGCAUAUGCUGCGGUUGAAGCGGAGAUCAAUAAUGUAACUGUUGAAGGUAAGAUUUAA